AUGGACGGCGCCGGCGCAGGAGGGGCGUACGUCGCGCGCACGGCGGAGGAGGUCUUCCGCGACCUCCGCGGCCGCCGCGCCGGCAUGAUCAAGGCCCUCACCGAAGAUGUGGACAAGUUCUUCAAGCUCUGCGACCCUGAAAAGGAGAACUUGUGCCUUUAUGGAUAUCCCAAUGAGACAUGGGAAGUGACCUUGCCAGCUGAGGAAGUGCCCCCGGAGAUCCCUGAACCAGCAUUAGGAAUCAACUUCGCUAGGGAUGGAAUGAAUGAGAAGGAUUGGUUGGCGCUAGUUGCAGUUCACAGUGAUUCCUGGUUGCUGUCCGUUGCAUUCUACUUUGGAGCCCGCUUUGGCUUCGACAAAGAAAAUAGGAGGCGACUGUUCAACAUGAUAAACAACUUGCCCACUAUAUACGAGGUAGUGACAGGAAUUGCCAAGAAGCAGUCAAAGGAAAAGACUCCCAACAGCAGUAGCAAGAGCAGCAAGCCCAGUAUGAAAGUGCUCUCGAGAGCCGAGCCCCGCGCAAAGGCCAAGGUGCCAGUCCCCAAGGACGAGGAGGAGAGCGGCGAGGACGAGGGCGAUGACGAGGAGGAGGAGCACGACAACACCCUGUGCGGGACCUGCGGCACCAAUGACGGCAAGGACGAGUUCUGGAUCUGCUGCGACAACUGCGAGAAGUGGUACCACGGCAAGUGCGUCAAGAUCACGCCCGCCCGGGCGGAGCACAUCAAGCACUACCGGUGCCCGGAGUGCACCAACGGCGGCUCCAACAGCAACAAGAGGGUCAAGACAUGA